AUGGCCCAGCCCACAAUCGUUGAGCCCGUCGAGGAUUACGAGUAUGCAUUCCUUCCUGAGGCAUACCGCACAAUUUCAGACAGUCAACAUGACUUUUAUGCAGAUACUGACUUAGAUCUUGUUACCAGUUAUGAGUCCCUGCCCCCCAAUUUCUCCCUAGCCCAAAAUAUGCUUGCUGGCGCCUUCGCCGGCAUUGCCGAACACACGGUUAUGUAUCCAAUUGACGCGAUCAAAACGCGAAUGCAGAUUCUUAGCCCGUCGGAAGCGAGUGCCUCCUACAAGGGCAUGAUACAGAGUACUAUGCGUAUAGCAAGCAGAGAGGGCGUGCUGAAGCUAUGGCGAGGGAUGUCAAGUGUGGUCGUCGGAGCUGGACCUGCGCACGCCGUAUACUUUGCGACGUACGAAGCUGUCAAGCAUGUCAUGGGUGGUAAUAGAGCUGGAGUUCACCACCCCUUAGCAGCAGCAACAAGUGGGGCUUGCGCAACCAUAGCCAGUGAUGCACUCAUGAACCCCUUUGACGUGAUCAAGCAGCGCAUGCAAAUCCAAGAUUCGAGCAAGAUGUACAGGUCUAUGACCGACUGCGCUCGAUACGUCUAUAAGACCGAAGGCCUAUCAGCCUUUUACGUCUCGUAUCCGACCACCCUAUCCAUGACCGUACCUUUUACAGCCCUCCAGUUCCUCGCGUACGAGUCGAUAUCCACAGCCAUGAAUCCGAGUAAGAAGUACGAUCCUUAUACGCAUUGUCUGGCAGGUGCCGUUGCUGGCGGUUUCGCCGCAGCUUUAACCACGCCAAUGGACGUUAUCAAGACUAUGCUACAAACCCGAGGUACAGCUACCGACCCGGAACUUAGAUCGGUGAAUGGAUUUGUGGCAGGUUGCAGGCUGCUGUACCGACGGGAGGGUCUGCGUGGGUUCUUCAAAGGAGUUCGGCCGAGAGUGGUGACUACAAUGCCGAGCACAGCCAUCUGCUGGUCGGCUUACGAAGCUUCCAAGGCGUACUUCAUUCGCACCAACGCGUCAUCGUCAUGA